CGUAAUAAAUAAGCCACAAAGUAAAACACUAAAAUUAUAUAAAUAAAAAUUGAUAUCUGACAUUUGUACAAAAAUUUCCUGUCGCAAGUGAUAAAACACAUUUUCAAAAAUAAUAAAAUGUCAAAAUUCGAUAUCCAUUUGUAUACAAAAUGCGUAAAUUUUGCGGCAUUGAAGCACAAGGAUCAAAGGAGGAAGGACGCGGAAAAAACGCCCUACAUAAAUCAUCCAAUCGGUGUUGCAUCGAUUUUGACCAACGAAGCCUUUAUAGAAGAUCAAAAUGUUUUGAUGGCAGCAUUAUUGCACGACACUGUUGAAGACACUAAUACAACAUUUCAAGAAAUUGAAAAGGAAUUUGGAACUGUUGUACGAGCCAUUGUUGAGGAGGUGACCGAUGACAAGAAUCUUCCAAAACUAGAACGCAAACGCCUACAAAUCGUGCAUGCACCCACUUCCAGCCAUUCUGCAAAACUUGUCAAAUUAGCAGACAAGUUGUACAAUUUGAGGGAUUUGGAACGAGCCAUUCCUGUUGGAUGGUCAAAGAGUUAUUAUGAUGAAUAUUACCGUUGGGCAUUUUUGGUGAUUGAUGGUUUGCGAGGUACAAAUGCUCUUUUGGAGAGAGAGUUGGAUGAUAUCUUCAGACGUAAAGGUUUACUGAGCGAAUCUGGAGAUCAAGAAUGUUGA